CCAACACAGCCGUGGGUAUAAAACAGCCGUGAGCCAGGGGGUUGGUAGGGACAUUGAGGUGAACAUGAAGCUGUAUUUUCUUUUGGCCUUUUUGGCAGGGGCAGUGUCUGCCCUGGAGGGAGAAGAUGACAAAAUUGUUGGAGGCUAUGAGUGUGUGAAAAACUCAGUGCCCUGGCAAGUGUCUCUGUUCGAUGGGUACAACUACUGUGGGGGCACCCUCCUCUCCAGCGAGUGGGUCCUCUCCGCUGCCCACUGCUACCAGAAGUCCCCCACCCAGGUCCGCCUGGGCGAGCACCACAUCUGGGAACCCGAGGGCACGGAGCAGCACAUCAUGUCGGCCAAGUCCAUCCGGCACCCCGAGUACAACUCCCGGACCGUGGACAACGACAUCAUGCUGAUGAAACUGAGUGAGCCCGCUGUCAUUGACCAGUACGUGCAGCCCAUGGCCCUCCCCAGCGCCUGCGCUCCCGACGGGACCAUGUGCCGCGUCUCCGGCUGGGGCAACAUCCGCGACAGCAACCACGGCUCGAGGUACCCAGACAAGCUGCAGUGCCUGGAUGCACCCAUCAUCGACGAUGACACCUGCUUCAAUGCCUACCCGUUCCAGAUCACAUCCAAUAUGAUCUGUGCUGGCUUCAUGGAAGGAGGCAAGGACUCAUGCCAGGGUGACUCUGGCGGUCCUAUGGUGUGUGAUGGUGAGCUGCAGGGCGUGGUGUCCUGGGGUCACGGCUGUGCCAUGAAGAAGAAGCCCGGCGUGUACGCUAAGGUCUGCAACUACGUGUCGUGGAUCAAGGAGACUAUGGCCUCUGGCUAAGCAGCUCAGAUGGACCCUCGAUGAGUGCACAGUGAAUGGCCAUUAAACAAGAAACCAAAUGAAGCCACUCAGUCUCUGAUUCACACUGUGUCUGCUGGUCUGUACCACAUAAAGAAUUGCACA